GGUUUGUCAGCCUCCUUGUUAUCUGCAUAACACGAAUCUGUUAUUUGUAGACUUCAGUUUUUAUUUGCUGAAUAAAUCUUCUAAUAUUGCAAAUCAUGGAUUGUAUUAAAAAUUACUGAACAGUAUCAGGGUGUGCUGAUUGUUUUUUCUUAUCACCCUAUCCAUAAUAAGUUGAUAAUUAAUGAAAAAAUAAUGUAGCAACACCAUAAAAAGCAAACUUUACUGUAUAAUUUUAAAACAAUGUGCCUAUCAGUCAGUGAAUGAAGCUGUUUUCCCUGUUCGCUGAAUUCAUGCAAGGGCACUGGGUUUUAUUCUGAAUAAAGCAGAGAGCAGAUUCGCACCGGCUCACUGGAGCUUAUCUUCAGAUGGCCUUGAACAGAAAGCCUGUGUUUUAGAAAAUUUCAAGACAAAAGCAGAUGAUUUCUUUGUUGCAGAUAAUGACAGGCUGACACUGUUAAUGCAUACUUUCAGCCACUGCAUAUACAUACAUGCAUGCAGACACACACCCAUCAGUGCCUGUACAGUGUUACUAAAUAUAAAUAUGUGCACAAAUACUAAAAAAAAAAUCUAUUUUCAGAUGCACGGAUGAAAAUAUAUGAGAGCAGUGACAGAGAGCACAACAGAAAUGCAGCAGUAAUUAUCAUCUGUCUGCAAAAAGGAAUCUGCAUAUUAAGUAUUGUAAGGCUUUCUUACAAAUUCAUUCAAGGGUAAAUGAGAAGGCGUGUGUAACUGCAUCGUAACACAGAGGAAGGCAAUUUUAUUGUCCUUAAAGACUUAAAUCACGAGUAUAGAGAAACAAAUAAUUUUCAGUAGUCCACUUCACAGUAGCAAAGCAAUUUGUUCUGGAAUAGCUGUGAAACCAUUUGUUUUUCUGAAUUUAUUUUUGCAGCCAAUGUAGCAUAAUGAACUGCACCCAACUCAUCUCAUCUUGCUUGUGUGAGUGUUUGGUGAAACUUUAUUUUAUAAAGCAAUUUUCUUGUACCUGGUCUGAGAAAAAAGACUAAAGGACUAAAAAGAUUGGAACUGCUGUUUUUUUAAGACUAAUUCUAGUACUAUUAGCAGUACAAAGCAAAUAAGACUUUUAUCUCCUGAAAACUGCAUAGGAAAAACACAACGUAUACAUAAUUUGAAGUACAAUAAACAAAAUGUAUGUAUACGCCGAUAUGGUUCUCUAAUAAUCCAAAUAGUUCUUUGUGUCAGUAUGCCUUAUAAACGGUAGAAGCUAAACCAUCACACUAAGCACCUAGAUGACUCAGUCUGGCUAAGGGAUGGACAAUGCCCACACCUUGAAUGAAGUAGUGAAACAAUACUCAUCAUAUGCCUCUUCACUGCUCUUGGCGAAUUUCACCUACAUUUGUACUGUGUAAGGUGCUUAAUGUGGUAAUGAUGAUGAAAAUGAUGCAUCACAAUUUCAACUAGAUUUGAUGCUACCUGGAGCCUUUUAUAAAUGGAUACUAGAGUACAUUGUACCAGUAGGGGUUGGCUAUAGUCCAACCGUAAAAAACGUUUUUAGGCUCUGAAAAGAACCCUUUUUAUUAAGAGGGAGCUUUGGAAGUUUUCAUAGCAAAUUAUAUUAGCAGGCACUUUGCCAUGUGUUAGGGUUAAGUGAACCGAAAUCUCUUAUCUCAUUUAGCUGUCAUGCAGCCUUGCAACCCCACUCACCCACCAACUACCCCCGGACCUACCGCCUGGGAAUCGAACGGUCUCAGUAGAGACCCGACAACAGUCAGGGUUUGGCUGCUUCUGCUCCAUCACCACAUUAAGUAAAAGUACUGUAGUUCGUGUGUUUCUAUAGCAACAGUUCCCACUCAAGUCAUCAGGAUACUGAGCAAUGCGGAGAGUGAAGGAGAGCUGCAAUGACUGUCGUACCUGAGUGCUUUAAUUUAAUCAUAGUGGCUGUUAAUAAAUUUAGGACUGGCCAAUAUACAUAUAUUUCCAAUAUAUAGAGUGAUAUUUUUGGAUUGAAACAGCCAACACAGAGGUUGUAUGACUUUAAAUGUAAGUACUUUCAAGCCAAUAAUUCCAAAAAAGUCAAUUUUAAUGUUAAUGAGUUUGAAAAGCAUCUGAAACAGCAUUUACACUCUAAUUUUAUAAUAAACCAAUCAUAAGAUUUUUAUAUUAAUAACCAAGCCAAUGAACUAUGUUACUUGACUGACAUGAAUGGAAGAGCAGAAGUCACACUGGUGAAUACUCAAUCGAUCAGCUGCUUAACAACAUUCAUGCAAACAUUAGAAAAAGCAUUCACUGCAUCUGCAGUGAUUUUUAAUCUUGUGUAGGCGUGUUCGUCCUUGGCUGUACUUUGACUUUACUUUGUACUGUUGCUUUAAGUAAGUCUUCGGUCUUCAAUCUUACGUCCCUUCCUAUGUCUCUCUCUCUUUCUCACUGUUUCUCUCUUCUGUUCCCUCUUCCUCCCUCUCUUUACCUCAGGUGUUGAUGAGUGACAGAGGUGAUGUGAUGGCAGAGCUAACAGGCGGGACAGAUCAGAGCAGACUCUCUGCUGCACACUGAACCCACCGGAUGCAACACGUGAGAGCCUAGACAGAAUGGAUUUCCCCAAUUGCACUGAAGGGGUGUUUGCCACAAACAGCAGUGGUAACGACUCCCUGGAGACCACUAAACUCCCUCCCAGUAAGGUCCUGCUCACGGUGACCCUCUCUGUAGUGGCUAUCCUGACUACAUUCUUCAACUGCCUGGUGAUCACAGCUAUUGCAGUCACCCGCAAGUUGCAUCACCCAGCCAACUACCUCAUCUGCUCCUUAGCAGUGACCGACCUGCUGGUGGCUGUGCUGGUCAUGCCCUUCAGUAUCAUGUACAUCCAAAAAGAGACCUGGGUUAUGGGCCAAGUGGUGUGUACCAUCUGGUUAAGUGUGGAUAUCACCUGUUGCACAUGCUCCAUCCUGCAUCUUGCUGCAAUCGCCAUCGACCGUUACAGGGCCAUUACUGAUGCAGUGGAGUACUCUCGCAAACGCACGGGGGCCAGGGCUGGAGCAAUGGUGGCUGUGGUGUGGCUCUUGUCCAUCCUCAUCUCACUUCCUCCUCUACUAUGGCGGCAUUAUAGUGAGGAUGCAGAGCAGGAAGACCAAUGCAUCAUCAUCCACCAUCACAUGGCCUUCACCUUGUACUCCACCCUUGGAGCGUUCUACAUCCCCUUACUUCUCAUCCUCAUCCUCUAUUACAAAAUCUACCGGGCUGCUCAAACCCUCUAUAUGCGCAGGGAAGCCAGCCGGGCUAGCCGCCACUCAUGUAUGACCAAUGGGAGCAUGAUACCGUCAUCCUACCCUGCUGGAGAUGACGUCGGCGAUGGGGGACCUCGAAGUCCAGAGCCCAUAAGCCCACCAGAAAAGUCGUUCUCUGAACCCUCAACGGAGGAGCCUCCACGUGAACGUGUGCGCGCAUCAGUAAAGGCUUUCCAGUGCAAGUCGCGCCGGCAUGAGUCGCGUAGUGAGUCACGUAGUGAGUCACGUCGGAGCCAGUUUUACCAAGGGCCACGGAUCUCAGGCUCACGGGAGCGCAAAGCGGCAUCCACGUUGGGGUUGAUAAUAGGGGCCUUUGUCAUCUGUUGGUUGCCAUUUUUUGUCAAGGAGGUGAUCGUCAACACGUGCGGUUCUUGCAGUACUUCGAUGGAGAUGGCUGACUUUCUUACAUGGUUAGGCUACCUCAACUCGCUGAUCAACCCCCUCAUCUACACCAUCUUUAAUGAAGACUUCAAAAAAGCUUUCCAAAGACUUGUUAGGUGCAGUCAUUACCUCUGAUGGUUACAAUUAUGCAUGAUCAUACCUAAACACCACCACACAUAUGUGUACUGUAACCGGGAGGAGACAAACUAAAGGCUGGAGGUCAGAGAAUUCUGACUGAAUACUGACUUCAGAGUGCCUGAAAGAUAAUAAUCUCAAAGAGGAAAAGGACUGACACCCAUUUCCAGACACUCCACAAGGCACUCCAACAGCCUAAAUUGCAUCAGCUCAGCAAUGAGCUUUGCAGCAAAGUUCCACAUUGAAAUCCAAGUCCUGCUAUUAAUAGAACGGCCUGAGAGUUCCUUGAUGUUAAUUGGUGUGUUUGAAGCGACAAUGACAUGGUUGGUUUUUAGAAAAUGGGCAAUCUCUGACCUUUUUAAGGUCUGGGUUCAGAGCAUUAGUGAUCAGCCCCAUUUAAAGGUCUUGAAAUAGCUGACCAUUAUGUCUGUUCCAGCUAAUGACCUCCCUUCUAUCUAGUCCAAGCUGCUGGCUGAAAUACAAAACAUAUGUAAAAUACCACAGCAUACCAAGUUGUGACUUUCUGUGGCCAUGACAUAACAUUACAUCUGAUUGUUGACAGAAAUAGUUGCUGGAGGUGGUAUGUAUUCAGCCACACAAAACAUUCCAAGAAAUAUAAAAUAAUAUGAGGUAUUGUCAGGUAAUGGCAAUGAUAUUGGCUUAAUCCAUUUGACAAUGCAAAGAGUUAUUGCCUGCUUUUCAUAAUUUUCACAAUGCUGAACAUUUGAAAUGUUUAGGAUUAACAGCAAAUAAUGACUUUAAUGUGAAGAAAAUGUUUUAUGAUCAAGAACCAAAUCAUCCUAUAUUAAUAACACAUUCUGAAUGAUACAAAAGAAAGAAAAAACACUUUGGGACCAAUAUAACAAUUUAGCUUUGACUACAAAAGGUUACAUUUUGAAGAAGGCUUAAGAUCCUAGGGUUACAGGUUCUAAAAGACACUGCCACUUUAAUUGAAGUUUUUGCACAACCUUUUAUGUUCCUUUUUAUUUUUUCUUACGGUACUUAUUUAUUUAUAUAUCCUGGAGCCAUUAAACACCUCAUCCCAUCUCACU